CUAUUGCAUAAAACGACGGAGUUUCAUUGUCAUUUUAUAUACUUAGUUGUGUGCGGCAAUACAAUGAACGUUUAGGUGAAUAUUUUGUUAAACAUUAAUUUCCAGUACCGGUAAAGUAAAAUUUUGUGUCGACACGUACUUAUGUAAAGUUUAAUGCGGUUACAGAUAAAAACAUUUUUAAUUUAAUGUAUAUAUUUAUAUUAAAUUUAUUGUUUGAAGACUUGUAAACAGCAAAGUGUAUAAAGCAUAAAACAUUGUUAAUAACUCCCGCGUGUCGGGGCCUUUCCCACUCAGGCGCCAGCCAGCCGUCAUCCAUCAUGAAGAGUGACGUCACGAACUGCUAUUGGCCUUCCGUUCGUCACGUGGUUAGUUAAUUCUUCUCUGUGGGCGUUAACAGUGCUCGGUGUAAGAGAGACAAACAUAUAGUAGGGGAUUGGAAAAAAGAACUCCAAUGUAAUACCUAGUACGUUAUAAGUCCCCACCGUAAACUCUGGCCAAACUUAUAGAGAUUUUACUGUAGAGCUUCAGAAAAAUUAAUGAUCAUGAGUUCGUUUUUAAUGAACCCCGUUUCUGGAGCUUUACCGUCGAGUUAUCAACAAGCCCAGCAUAUAUCUGGUGGUGUUGUAGUUGAUCCUAAAUUUCCACCGAGUGAAGAAUACAGUCAGAAUAGUUACAUACCUUCACCUACGGAUAAUUUUUUUGGUAACCAUCAUUUAAAUCAGCCUCAGCAUCAUCUGCAAUAUGGGUAUCACAACCAUCAUCAAGCUACAUCUUACGGAUCGAGCGGAAUGCCCUUAUCUGGCGCUGGAUACGGUACUUAUGGUAACUAUUAUCAUCAUCAAUUACAUCAUGCGCCACCUAUACAUUCCCAUCAAAUUCGACCGCCCAUACAACUACACGAAACUCAACAAAAUCUCGUUAAUUGCGGAUCAAUACCAAAUAGUCUCAAUCAACCCCCGAACUCCACGAACAUUUUACAAAAUAUUUCGGACAUUACGACAAAUGUUACGCAACCCAGUGAUGUGAACUCUAGUGUGUGCAGUCCUGCAUCGGUAGGACAUGGACAAGAAUCAAGGGGUUCUCCCCCUGGACAUUCAUUGCAGGAAUUAGGACUAAGAUUAGAGGAUAAUGUGUCUGACGAACCUGACGAUAUUGACGAUCAGGGCAGUUCGACAAAUAAUGACGAGGAAGAGGACGACGACGGAGACGGUGAUAGACCGAUAUAUCCCUGGAUGAAAAAGGUUCAUGUCGCUGGAGCUUUUGCGAAUGCGAGAGAAUUAGCAUCCAAUAGAACAACGGGAGCGUUCGCACCCGGUAUGGAACCAAAACGCCAACGAACCGCCUACACCCGCCACCAAAUCUUAGAAUUAGAAAAAGAAUUCCAUUACAACCGAUACCUGACGAGGCGAAGGCGUAUAGAAAUCGCUCAUACGCUAGUCCUUUCUGAACGACAAAUCAAAAUUUGGUUCCAAAAUCGUCGAAUGAAGUGGAAAAAGGAUAACAAAUUACCGAACACAAAAAAUGUUAGGAGGAAAACGAAUCCUGCCGGGGUGACAACAACCACGACGGGGUCUGGCGCUAAAUCUGGGGGUAAAGUUCGAGGGAAAACACAAAACAGCACUCCGGGAAAUAACAAUGAUAAACGGAAAAACAACAACAGGGAUUUAGACGGCCUUGGUGAAAACAUGCUGGAUAUGUCUCUGACUGGUCAACAUCAGAUUUCUCACGGACAUCCCGCCCUACACCAUGGCAUGUUACACAACGAUCCCAGUAUGCAUAUUGGCUCGUUAGGAUCCUCGCUCACACCUCUCCCGUCAUCACCGGGAUGUGGCGUUCCCGGUACGCCGCAGCCUGUUAUAAAAUCUGAUUACGGACUCACUGCUCUCUAAAAGUGAGUAGAAAGCUCAAUGUGUAGACAUUAAAGGAAUUUUGCAUAAUUGGGCAAUAUUUAACUGUGAUUAUAUAUUAUAAUGAAAUUCGAAUAAACAUCUUUCAUUUUAUAAUGUUAAAAAAUAUUGCAUGAAAAGAUAUAUUUACUUAAUAGUCUAUACUCAAUUUGGAAUUUGCUCAAUGAACUUAAGAAUUCGAAAUUUGUUUUAAAAUAAAAUAGAUAUUAUUUAGUGCUAUUUUCGAUACGUAGGUACUAUCAAUAUACUACAAUUAAAUUAAAUAUUAAAAGAUAUUUACUAUUUAAUGGGGAUAAGAGGUUUGUCAAAUGGUCAUUUAUUUACUAUGUUUCCAAUAAAAAUCAAAUAUAUAAUUGGUUCAACUUCUUCAAAUUGAGCAUUAAAGUGUGUCAUAUUAAAAGAUCAAUUAAAAUCAUCUCAAUACUGUCUUUCGCGGUCUGUAUCAUUUGAUUUCGCUACAACCCGAUCGUGAAUGUGUGAUAUUUGGCGGAAUUUUGUCUAUAUAAUAUGUAGUUAUAGGGAAAAGAGAAAAACUUCCUCUAACACGAAGAAAUGUUAGAAAUACUUCUUUAGAGUUUUUGAUGAUAAUAAUAAAGGCGAUGGUAUAUAAAUCCAAAAAGUCUCGGCCGGUAUGUUAUUUGAUUCCACUCUACUCCUGUUCUUUAUAUUUGCAAUAUUAGCCGUCCUAUUUUAAAAACUCUUUAAGAUAUCCCAAAAGAAAUGCAUCUAAUAGCCAUAAGUCUGGGGAAAUUAUUGGCCAUUAUGUAGCAGAAUGUCUAAUCUAAUAUUUCAUCGGGAUAUUACUAUGUAAAAUUUUAUCAAAAUUUUAGAAAGAGUCGUCCUGUUGAGACCAUAAUGUUUCGUUGAGGAUUUCAGUUACUACUUCACUAUAAUUGUAGGUGGAGCAAAAAUCUUAAAUAUUUCAAGUAGCCGUUAUGUGUAAACCUACUCUCUUGUUAAUAAUAACUGUUGUUUAUGAUAAUUGUCCGUACAUUCACUUAGCGUGGACGCUGUUCAUUAACAACCUAUACCCACUGUAGGUUUUCCUGAUUUGAGAAACGAUUAAAAUGCCUGUUAAAUUAUUUUCAUUUGAUAAGAUGGAUGGAUAGUCAUAAUUCACACACAAAUUCUAUAAUUUUACCAAAGCCAUCUUCCAAAUGCUUUUGGACAAAAUAUAAGUAAUAUGAUUGGUAUUUCUAUUUGUAUAAAAAUUUUCAUUUGGUUCUCUAGCAAUGUAGCAUGAUUAUCAGCCAAUAAAAUCAUUGAUAUGUAGAUCUUCCUGUACAGACAUCUUUAUGUCAAGUAUUUAGCCGAGCAAAGCGUUCACUAUAUAUUCUCCAAAUUUGUGGAAUAUUUCACCGACAGUACCAAGUCAAAUAAUAUUUAGUGUUAAAUAAAGUUCACAAUUGACAUUAAUAAUAAUAAUAUUGUUGGCUUAGCGACCCUUAUGGUGUUGCGUCGCAAACGCGCUCUCUAGAUCCUUUUGUUGGGAUGGAUCAGUCACCAUCUAUACCUAUUCGUUUAUUUCCCGCCACAACCUCCUAUUUCCUGACUUUUUCGGUCAGUUUCUAACUUCUACUCUGCUUUGCCGCUUCUUUUUCUACCACCAGGAUCAUUAUAGCAUUAUAUUGUAUGUUAUAGAUUUUUUACAACAUCUUCGUCUCUGAGCUCUUCAGUUAUUGCUUUCUUUCCGUUCUUCUCAAUUUUACUUGAUCAACUUUCUAAUAAUUUACUGUUAGUUGUAUUUGUAUGAAUUAGUACACCUAUCUCCUCUAUUAUUGAUCACAAUGCCGAGGUAAUAAACAUUUUCUAUUUCUAUAAAUUCAUACUAAUUUUCAACUUUCCCAUUGACAUUGCUUUUCAAACUUAUUAUUCUUGUUUUGUUUUGACUUAUUUUUCCCUCUUAAUUUUCCUCCACAAUAGUGUUCUUUAUAGAAAGUCGCUUUGUUUUACUUAUACACAGAAAUGUAAAAACUGAAAGCCUGAUUAUUUCACUGCCGAAGCAUUGCUUAGGAUUAAACUCAUUUUAUGCUUCAGUUUAAUCUAAAACAUGACUUUCGAUGAAUGUUAAAUGUAAAUCUAUCAAUAAAAUUUGAUGCACUCACUGCUCAAGUUUCCUUUUUCAUUCAGAAUCAAAUAUAUUAGGAUUUGUAUACCCCCGCCUAGAAACCAAGGGUAGAAAGUGGAUGAAAUUUUCUAUAUAUGUUACAUUAUUUGUAACUUUUUUGUUUUUAAAAUAAUUUCUGACUCUAUAAUCAUAAACGUAAUAGAAAAAAGAGGGAGUGGUAUAGUAAAUUUUUUUAAGGUUAUAAAUGCUAUUCCAAACUUUCACAUAACACUGUGGUAUCCACAUGACAAUGAAAUUAAAAACGCUUUGGUUUGAUACCGUAAUAUUUCAACUGGAGACGGAUAAAUUAGAGAAAUCAAUAAUUUUGCAUUUGUCCUUGAUUGAAUCGGCAUAAUUCUAUCACAAUAUAAAAACAAUUAAUUAUUCCUAUUAUGCAAAAUCUAAUUAAUAAUUAAUUUAUAAAUAACUCACUGACAAUAUGAAAAAUUAUUCGAUCUAAUAACAUGAAUCAUCAAUAAUUGUGUCACAAAGAAUAAUUAAGUUUGUUCGAAUUAUUUUUAUCUUAAAAUUGUGUUCUAUAUAAUAUAUUUUAUUGAACUCUAAAGACUGCAUAAUACAUCAUCUCUUUUAAACAUAUUUCGACCAUAUAACUGAUUCAAUGGAUACUGCUGAACAUUAACAUUGUCUUGUUUCAAUACUUCUAUUAUAAAAAACUAUUCUUAAUUCUGAUUGAUCAUGUAAUUUGUAAUUGGAUUCCUUUUUUUUAUCUAGCUUCUCAAAUUCAAUCCUUUAUGCUUUUCAUAAUUACAACUGCUUCUUUUCUAAAAUGUACUUCUCCAUGUCCACAUUAUUGACUACUUCUUUUCUUAUUGUAUUGAACUCGAGAAAUGGAUAUUUUUCCUUUCAAUCUCUAGAAAAGUCUUAUUCGUGUGAAUAGCUUUUGCUACUAUAUUUCAAUCACAGCAUUUCAUGAAGUCGUGUUGCAAUAUUAUGGUGGUUUAUUAUCCUAUGUUGUACAGUAUUUACUUGCUUACUGUCGUACUGAACACGAAAAAAUUGUUUGGGAACCAUGAGUGUUAUAAAAUGCACACAAACAAAAUCGUAAAGAUAUUGACAGUCAUCUAUUAAAAAAGUAUUGAUAGGACAGAACAUACUUUUUCAAUAUUACUACGAAUCAAUCUUCACCGUUGAAAAUACAACCUUCAGCAGGAAAGAUAUGCCUAUUUUGGAAUGCUGUUGUAACUUUAGAAGAUUACCUCUAAGAGUGGGUCAUCGUUACAGGUCUUAUUAUAUCACUUUAACCCCAAAAUAAAGUUAAGCGAUAAAAUAAAAUCAACGGGGAUUUGGGCAGAUGUGUUUCCUAUGAUAAGGCUCCCAGUCACAUGUCUGAGAUAGUAAUACCCGCCAAAACUCAGGCAGGCUUCAAAAUAGUUCAAAAUUCUCCAUAUUCCACAGAUUUCUUUUCCAGUGGUUACCAGCUGUCAAAUAUAGUGAUAUACGUCUUAGUUUACAUUUAGCACACCAUUAUUUUUUAUUCACUGCUGUUCUUCUUACUUCUUCCGAUGCUGUACUUCUUUUCUCAAGUAUUGUAUCAAUUACUUUGUUCCAUGUAGCUUUAAAUCUUCCUUUUGUUAGUCUAUUUUAGCUUUCCGUACUCUCUCACCAACUCAACUAUCUCUCGAGAUCUUGUCAUAUUUUGUUAUAUAUUAACCCAUCCUUUUUUGUAGUACCUUUCACAUGCCUAAGAUAAUUCAACUCUGUAGCUUAUUAUGCACUUUUUUCUAUUAAUAAGAAUCCAUGUUUCAUAGCCAAUAUUGAUCUAAAAAUUGCUUAAUAAACAUUUAGUAUUGUAUUUCUUGAGACUUAUUUUUUUAUUAAACAAGCAAUUGUCUAUACUAUAAUAUGUAUUUGAAGCGUUUAUAAUUCUCUUAGCAUUCUUUGGAUCUUCAUUGUCUCUAUUUUUCUUUCAAGGUAUUUAAAUUUGCUUGUUCACCGUUUUAAUCCUCCAACCUUCUAUUUCUAUGUUAUUUUAUUGCAUAAGAGAUGAUAGAACAUCGAUUAGGAUUGCGGAUUAACCUUAAUGGAGACUAUAUUGAAAAACAAAAAUAGCCGAUUUUUUAUUGAAAGUUGGUAAGAGGUGGACCAAAGGGACCAGCACUUAUAUUUACUUGCUUCAUAUUAGAGAUACUCUUGGUCUGUUAUGACUUCUCUUAUUCUACGAACCAUUCAAUAGUUAGCGCAAAAUUUUUUAAAAACUUAAGGUUGAAGAACUCUAAUAAUUUAAUCACGAUACAAUUGGAAAAUGCUCAGCAGAGAAAGACUUUAUUUUAUUUCAAUUUGGAGUCAAUCUACAGAAGUGCUUUUUUCAAUUAUUUGAGAUCAUAAAAUAAUUCGAACCAACUGUUGGAAAUUCAGUAGCAGGAUGUAAAUUUAUUAAGUAGAUUCAUAACUACAGAAUAAUUCAAGAAUUCGGUAUUUUUGUUAUCAAUAAAUCUGAUGUAUUAUGUGUUUUUUCUGUAAUGAGUGUUAUUUUUAUAUAAAUGAAAAUAUGUUGAGAAACAUUGGAGAUCGAAGGAUACAUCUUAUGGUUGAAUAAAGAAUAAAACCUAUUCUGUACACCUAAAGCUAAACGCGAUUAAGAUUUGGUGAGUUUCCUUUCCAUUUAUAUUGUCAUGUAUUUAUUCAUUCCAGUAUUUGAAUAAUGUUAUAUUGAUAUUUAGGUUUCAAUAUUUAUUCGUUUGAUAAAGUUUAGUUAAAAAAACUAGCUAUGAAGCCCCAAUAUAACAAUGUUUUUAAUAAGACUUUUUUUAAUUUAAUUUUAUGAGUGACAAUAUUUAUAGGGUAUAUCAAAAAGGUAUAUCACAUAUUUGACUACAUAUUCUGGGGUGACAAAUUACCCGCUUGUCCAUCUUAAUACAAAUAUGUACAUGAAAAGUUACAGCCAUUGAAAGGUACAAAAGAGAAUCGAUUUUCCCAAUAUUUGAUAAUAAAAAAGGAUUCAUAAUCUUUCUCGUGUUAAAUCAAGAAAUCUGUACACCUCAUAAAAUAUUUAGGGUGGUUUUUUAUCCGUAACAAUCUGCAAACUUUUCUAUGCAUUACAAUUAAAUUUAUAUUGUAACACUUUUGGUUUAAUCUAUCAUUGUUUGUCUUCCUUCACUAUUCUAGUUUUUAUGGAGAUGCGGAUUAAAAAAUUUUUAAUGACAAAAUGUAAUGUCCUCGAAUACCAUUUACCGUUCCUGAAUUGUUAAAAUAAAUAGAUGUUGGAGUAAUUUUUCUGAGAAAAUUGCAAGUUAUAGAAAAACUUUGAAUUAUAGUAGCAAAUUUUUAAUUUUAUAUCUGUAUAAAUAAACCUGUGACAGAUUCCGAAAAUCAUAAUUUGACAUUUUGACAAUAAAGCUUUGAGAAGUUUCAAAAACUACUAUAUGAGCAUUUGAUUUUAUAAUUAAGAAAAAAGUGCAGAAAUGGAGUUCAAAAAAAUUUAAUUUAAUGCAAUCUAAUUAUGAACAAUGGAAAAAAUUCUCGGACAUUCAACUUCCCCUAGGCUCUAUCCAUCAUAACAUAAAUGUGUAGUAUUCAUACACAAUAAUGAAUUUUUAUUUCUACAGAAUUGAACAAUAGAAUAGGCUAUAGUAUGUAUUAAGCAAGGAGCUUAUAAAAAGGAGAAAUCUCCACAGAACAAAUAAUGAUAGUGUUCAAAGUAAUUUUUAGGUCAGUUUUCACAUACGUAUGUUAUUCUUGGCUAUCGACAGAGAAAAAUAAGUGUAAAAUUAGUACAGCAGAGACUAAAUACCUUAGAAUAGAAAUGAUAAACUCAGAAACUUGCAUACAAGAGAACAUUUAAAAGAAUGCAUGGAAAUGGAACAACUAGUAUUGUGUGGCCACCAACAAAAGAUGGAUAAUACUGUGCUUGUUAAGAAAAUUUGGUAGUAAAGUAAAAUAACAGGAAAAAGGAAAAAUGGGAAGACCACGAGUAACAAAAGAUAACACUAUAGGAAAAAUCUUAAAGAAGGGAAGGUCAUAGGUCGAAGCGAAAAAUUUUACGCAAAGUAUAAAUGAUUGCACACUUUAUAUAAGAAAUUAGCUAAAUACUAAAAUUAACACCCCUACAACCUAUAGGGUGAAAGGAAAAUAAUGCAAUACCUCAGUUGUUAUUUUUCCACUAUAUUGACAGAAAAACAUGCUCUUUCAUUAAACCCCAGAAGAUAACUUUUCCACUGAGAUGUGCUUCGGCUCCAUAUUGAUUUCAAAAGCAAUUUGGUGAUUAUUAGCUUUUUGUUUUAUAAUUUUUAGCAACCCACAUUUUAUGUGCGUUGUAGUGAUGACAUUUCUAGGUACAUAGCUUUUUCAGUUAACGACAUAUGAUUAACGAAAUCGAUUAUUUCCAAUUGAUCUAGUUGUUAUUGAUAACCAGAUUGAAAAAGUACAGAAAUACAAAUAUCUAGGGACUUGGAUUAAUCCGAGAAAUAACAGCAAUGAAGAGAUAAAAGUAAGAAUCGAAACUGCUCGCAGUGCAUUUGAUAAAAUGAAAAAUUUCUUUCGAUUUAAAAACUUGAAUAAAGAGAUAGAUAAAAUGUUACAUAUACUCUAUCCUUCUGUACCGAAUAGAGGCAGCUACUCUAAGCAAAGCAAUAAUGAAGCCUUUGAAAUGUGGAUAGUGAGAAGAAUACCACGAAUGUUAUUGACAGAGAUUGAUUAUACAGGGAAAGAUAGAGGGAAAGAGAGGUAUAAGACGACGAAAAAUAUCAUGGCUGCGAAACUUAAGAGAAUGGUUCAACUGCACAUGAAACCAACUUUUUAGAGCAGCUGUGAAUAAAAUACAUACAGUCAUGAUGGUCGCCAACCUUCGUCUGAAGAUGGAACUUUAAGAAGAAGAUGAAGCUACCGCGCUUCCAUUCUGCAAACCAUAAUGAGAACUACAUCACAACAGCUAUUGCCCAGGGUUUCCUUCAAUAAUCUCCUAAAAUAUUUAAGCGUUCUACGGAUUUCGUGGUUAUCCAAUUCAAGUAAUAUUGGAAAAACCGAUUUUUAAAAUAUACUUAUCAAGAAAUGUAACUUUUUGUAUAGACAUGUGAAUUCAAUCGAUUAAUUUUCAAUCCUCGACCUAUGUGCAACAAUUUAUCUAUUUUUUUGGUAUAUCCUCUAAAAAGAACUGACAGUUUAAACUAUUCGGUAGUGUUGUUUUGCCACGACUUUCGUCUCUUUACGAUAUCACAUUACACCAACAUAGUUUUAUAGAUUGUCAUAAGUUUUUCACGAUUUCUAUUCAGUCUCAGUAUUUGAAAGAUUGUAUUUUCUUAAUGAGAGUCAAAUAGAAAUCAAUCAACGUUUAACGAAACAAAAUCCUAAGAACACAAAUAGCUUAGGUACACUGCCGAUCACAGGACUCCAGAGCCGGUAUUCCCAGGUCCUCGCUUGGAUCGAUAUCGAUGUCGUUGAAUGCGAGUUGAUCAAAAUUCAUUGUUGUCUCGAGUCUCAUGCCCUCCCUCGCAGUAGGAGGAGUGCUUUAUUUCACUCGAAUUCGCAUGUAAAUAGACAAUUCUAACUUAUCAUUUUCAUUUCAACAGUGCUUUAAAAAUCAUAAUUGUAUAUAAAUCAUUUAUAAUUGUAGUCAUAUAUAAGAGAUUGUAGUAAUGGAUGAUAUUCUGUCUAUUGGACUGCUGAAAGAACUAGGAGAACCAAAAGAAAUUGUUGCAUAACUCCAAUGACUUGUUUUAAGAGACCCUCUGAAUAUAACUCAGUGAUGACCAAUAAAACAAAUAUUUCGGUUAUACAAAGACUCUUUUGUUUUGACGCAAUAAGAACCAGUAAACACUACAGUAGUAAGAACUGAUUUGUUUUAUAUUUGGUUUUGACUCUUUGGGUAUCUCCCUAUUAUCAGUGAGAUAUAAAUUUGGAAUGAUUCAGGUUCUUAAAAUAUAAUAUACCUGGGAUAAUUGUAUCAAUUGACUGCCCUCAUGUUGUUAUUUUUGAGAGCUCAUAAAAUGCUACUAUUAAAAAAUGGUUUUAGGUUAGAAAGUACAGAACUAUUUUCAUAAAAUACUCUAAUAUAUCGGUGUUGCCGUAACUAGUCGCUCGUGUUACAAAUUUGCGAGCGGAGGAGCACUUGAGAAUCUAAAAAUUUUUUAACGCUGCCAAGCAAAUCUCUCCCUCUGGUGAUCGCUCGCUUGUGAGAGUUAAGAAUACCGGCACAGGCGGAAAGCACAACCAUCACUAUGCUUGUACGAAUCAAAAACUGUUGAGAAUUCUGGACAGUAACAAAAAAUAUCUCAUCAAGAAAUAAAAACAAAUCAUUGUUCAGUCUUUGAUUCUGAUUUUAAGAUAUGAAAUUAGUAAAUCAUCGAGUUUUCUUGUCGUGGUGAAACACUAGUUAUAUUUGUUGCCAACAAAAUAUCAUGGUCCAUUUAGUUGGUACACUGAUAUUAAUAAACAUAUUGUCAGAUAAAAAAUCGUUAAAAAAUAAUAUUCUAUAUUCGUUCAUAACUAGGGAUAGGAUCCUUUGAUUUCCAUUGCAUUGUAGAGUGCCAUUUAUAUUGAAUAAGGAUAUUUGUUUUAUUUAAUAUUAUUGUUACCUAUUUUUGUUAAAAUUUUUCAACCUGAAAUACAUGUCCUGAAUCACAAUCACGCAAUGUUGACUAGAACAAGUAAUGUUUCACAAAUAUAUUUCACAUUCGUAUUUCGUAUAUUUCUCAGGGUAUAUUAUUUAAUUUUGUAAAUUGGUUAAUUUCAAUAUUUUUCAAUGGUACUAUUAUCAUAUUUUGUUGUUACCUAUUUGAUAUCGUGCAUGUAUUUUUGAGGUUAUUUAAACCCAGUGUGAUCAUAUGAAAUUAUAAGUUAUGUAGAAAUAGAUAUUGUAUAUAUGAAUAUUAGAAAUAAAUAUGUAUA